UAAAUACACUUUUUUUGCAGAUACAAAAAAAUUACUGAUCGUUUGGAGGCAGUCAAAUUAAACAAUGAGGCCGAAGAAAAAGAAAUGAAUGAACAACUCUCACGAGGCUAUACUAACCUUGGAGUUUGUUACAACAGGGAAAACUUUCCUCUCAAAGCAUGUAUGUACUUACAUCGAGUGCCAAUACCAUCAGCUAAAACCCAUUAUCAUUAUGGGAAAGCUUUGCUGGCCAUUGGAGAAUACAAUGCCUCAAUGACGGAGUUACAGAAAGCUCUUGUGUUAGAUCCGCGAAAUGAAGCCAUUAGAAAAGCUAUUCAGACAGUAAGUUGAAAGAUUUUUUACAAAAAUUAUUU